AUGAAGACAAGAUUUAUUUUUGCUUCAAAGGCAUGGGAUGUCUAUAAUGCUGUCUCAAGCCAGUACAUUAUGCCCACAUUGGAUGUUUUGCCAGAACUUGGUCAACCGGGAAAGACAACAGACCAUGAGAUCCAGGCGAAGAUAGCUGAGCUGCAUAUCCUCGGUGCAAGGUCUCUUCAGAAGCUGAUUGUCUGA